AUGGAACUGAUUGCAGCUCAAGCAGUCAAUAUAGCACAACAGGGGGCUAACGAAGGUGAGACUGUUUCAGAGCAGGCCCCGAGCGCUCCGGCCGGAAGUAAUGACGAAACGGGGGAAGAUCGUCAAGACGAGUCGAAUCCAAAUGAUGCAUCAAAUAACCAUCAAGCCACAACUGAAGAACCAUACGACGACGAAGAGGUAAUCAAUUCAAUCAAGGUAAAGAAACUCACCAAUACCGAUGAUCGAUUCGAUACUAAGAAGAAGUUUAUAAGAAGAGCCAGGCCCAUUGAGAGUGUUGAGCCUGUUAGCAACGAGCAACCACCAAACAUCUCCGACGACAUGAACCCACAACAGAGGAAACGUUUGGAAUUAGAGGAGAAGAUGACGGCUGCCAUCAAAGUCAAAUCAAAUAGAAGAAGAAAAGCCGAUGAGGACGAUAUCGAAAGAAUGCAAGAUGAUAAAAUCGAUGACUUGAAAGGGCAAAUGAUCAAUGCGGCAAACUUGGAUGUCGAAAAGAACUCACAGGGGCAGAUUGCUACUGAAAAGUUGAAAUUGUUGGAGGAAGUAUUGAAUAUUUUGUCAAGAGCUGACUUGGCUGAAUCAAUUUUGGAUAACAAUCUUUUGGAAGCAGUACGGUUGUGGUUGGAACCGUUGCCUGAUGCAAGUAUGCCAGCUUACCAAAUUCAAAAAGAACUAAUAAACUCAUUGGAAACCUUGCCAAUAAAGACCCACCAUUUAGUAGCCUCGGGAAUAGGCAAAGUUUUAGUAUUUUAUCAAAGAUCAAAGAGGACGGAGCCGCUGUUGAAGAAAGUAGUUGAUCGAUUAAUUGGUGAUUGGACUCGACCAAUUUUGAACAAAUCAGACUCAUACAAGGAUAGAUCAAUACAGUUUAGUGAAUACAACAGGACAAAAUAUUCCAACAAAUUGUCCAGUGGUAACAAGCAAACUGCGCCAAAGACCUUGUACGAACAAAAUGCCGAGAGAAGAAAGAGGGCUGCUAUCCCCACAGCCCGUACUGCUGCUUAUAAGAUUGCUCCUAAGGUUAAUCCUAACUUGUUGCAGAGACAAGCAGGCAGGGGUUAUGAUGAGAGGUUUAGAAAGUUGAACCAAAAAUUGACAACCAUGGGAACAAAGAGAAAAGCCACAAAGAAAGGCGGCCCAUCUAUCGAAGGUAGAGAUUUGAGUAUCUAA